AUGGAAAGAGGAGAAAGCUCAGAGUCCAAAUCCUGCGACGAUGAUAUCUGGGCAAAACUCGCGCCGUUGUCCUCACGCUGUUCAGAUAUUGAAUUGAGAUCCGAUGAGAUAGUUAUAUGCUCAGAGGUUAAGAGUUCUUCAGUUGUAAAGCAAGAAUGGUGCAAGAUAACGAGGAACAAGGAUCAAGUCUCUGCCAUACUGCAAAACAAGAGUUCAAGUGCAAUGCUUGUUGAUGAGAAGGUUAUUGAGGAUGAUGAUACAACUAUCAUCAGGUGUGGAAGUGAGAUUAUACUGGGUUCUGACACUGAAGAUUCUAUGACGUACAGAUUUAGAGUAAUACCUCCUGAAAAAUCUUGCAGCACACAGCUGAAGAUUCUUCUCGAUCCGGAACAUGCAAAAUGCUCUAUCUGUUUAAAUGUUUGGCAUGAUGUUGUCACUGUGGCGCCUUGCCUUCACAAUUUCUGCAAUGGUUGCUUCUCAGAGUGGUUAAGAAGGUGUGAGAAACAUCCAAAAGUUUUAUGUCCUCAGUGUAGAGCUGCUGUAGAAUUUGUUGGAAGAAACCAUUUUUUGCAUGGUAUUGAAGAGGAUAUACUACAAUCUGAUUCUUCUCUAAGACGCCCAAAUGAAGAGAUUGCACUUCUAGAGUCCUAUGCAUCAAUCAAGUCACCUCUUGUCAUUAACAGUGGAAGAAAAUCUCGCCGAAAGAGGAUACGCUCUUCAACUGAUGAGGAGAUCAGAUUGGAUUCUGCAUGCCCUCAAUGUGUCAAUGAAUAUGCUGGGUUCCAGUGCAACCAAAGCACAAUUCACCUGCAAUGUCAUUCAUGUGGUGGAAUGAUGCCUUCCAGACCAAAUAAUGGUGUACCUCAACACUGUUUGGGAUGUGAUCGAGCAUUUUGUGGUGCUUAUUGGCAUGCUCUAGGCGUUACUGGAAGUAAUGACCACCCAGUGUGCACUGGUGAAACUCUAAAACCAAUAUCAGAGCGUACUAUCAUAAGGAUUCCCUUUUUGGCUCAUGAGAAGAAUCGCCAUGAACAAUAUAUUACAGAAAACUGUUUCAGUCAGGUGGGAAAGUCAUUGCAGGAUGUGAUUUCGGAAUUUGUCACAAAGAUGAAUAACAGGCAAAUAGAUAGGACGAGGCUGCAAUUGAAUCAUUCUGAGAUGAUAACCGCUCAGACGCAUGUUUGCAAUGAAUGCUGUGACAAAUUAGUUUCAUUUCUCUUGUACUGGUUUCGGAUCACAUUACCAAAACACUUACUACCCCCUGGAGCACUGGAAAGGGAAAACUGCUGGUAUGGAUAUGCCUGCCGGACGCAGCACCAUAAUGAAGAACACGCACGCAAGAGAAAUCAUGUUUGUCGUCCAACGAGGGGUAGCCAUAUGCUGUAG